ACUCUGUUUAACAAUCGACAGACAAAGAGUCAAUGAUACAUGCUCGCCGCUACCAGAUGAGGAUAGUUUGUAUGUGUUGUUGAUGUGAUAGAUGCUCGAUAGCUACGAUGCCCUUCUUUCUUAAUGUAUGUAAUGUAUAUACCUACCUGACUAUGUCUGUCUAUCUUCACCACCUUCCUACACAUGUCCCUUUUUCGUCCGGUCCUUCCGCCCAUUUGAUGAGAUAUGAGACCUCGUAAUUGAAUCAUUUCAUGUGAUGCAAACGAAUUACGCCGUGAAAUCAAUUUGAACCCUCCACUCCCAAAUAAACUCCCCUUUAUGAUCAUUUGGCCCCAGAUUCUGAAUAUUGUCUAUUGUUUUCCAAGAUUACCGACCUAGGUACCUAGUAGCUAUUCAAUCUGGUGCUCUCUUGACCACUUCCACUUCUUCUACUUCCUCCUACUAACCAACCUCUUCAUCUUUUCAACCCUUUCUCGACCUUCGACCUUCGUUCUUCGUUCUUCUUGAAUAUAUAUCCCAUUUCAUUUUCGAUUUUCUUCCUCUAGCUCUAUCUACACAUUUAAACUACAUCUUAGACUUCUCACGCAAUUUCCUCUCGUAUAUUUUUGGCUCUUCUCUCUCUCUCUCUUUCUUUCUUUCUAUUUUGAGCAUCGGUAGUCGGACCUCUCCCGCCUCUUAUCCUCCCUCUCAUCAUUCCCUGGUCUCACAAAAGUACAUGAAUUAGUACGCAUACCAGUACAUUAUUCACCUGCUUUCCCCAAAUAUUCAUCAUUCCUCAACAUUAAUCACAAUACUCCCAAUUCAAUCUUUACAUUCUUUUGCAUUUGCAUUUUGCUUCAAUUCAUCUUCUGUUUGCAGCCUUUCGAGCUUCCUUUGCCGCCGGCUUAUAAAAUUGGGAAUCAUUGUGCUGUUAUAUAAUCAACGGUCCGACAAAGAAAGAACAAAACACAGAACACUUCUUAGAUUGUACAUGUCAUAAGUCCACCAUAUCAAUUCGAAGGUUCAUCCGGAGCUCGCGGAAUCACCGCUUCAUUGAUAGAUUUCCCAACUUACUAUUAUUCAAAGCAAAUUAAUUCAUUCAAAAUGGGCCGAAAUCGAGUUAUGUCGUUCAUGUCCCAGUUUAGGGACAGAGACUCUAAUAGCCCUACUCGACCACCUCCAUCUACAGGCCGAGCACGAAGUCGAACCGAAUCCUACACACAGCAAGGGUCCCAAGAUACAGGAAAGUCGUCCUCGGGAAGAGAGCCAUUUCCAACUUCGAGCUUCCAAAUGCCCUCUCACCAGGAAGCGCCUUUGAGCGAAGUUCGCGCAUCUCCUCAGCCGACUCGAACGAGGGAACGAGCAUCUUCUAGACCAACGUCUAUGGCACAAACCUUUCAGCCUCCACUGAUGGAUGUGAAGCAAGAUACCUUGCCGGAACUACAACCAAUCUUCACAUUCUUGAAUAGUCACAGCAACAAAUUGUACCAGGAAGGGUAUUUCUUGAAAUUGGAUGAUCAAAACAUACACGGCAAGGCCAAUGCCGACCGAACCUGGACAGAGUGUUUUGCACAGCUUGUGGGAACUAUCCUUUCAUUGUGGGAUGCAGCAGAGUUAGAUGCUGCUGGGCAAGACGGAGAGGUCCUCCCAAAGUUUAUCAAUCUCACAGAUGCCUCGAUCAAAAUGAUCGAAUCCCUUCCCACAAGGUCACCCACAGAAGCACCUUUACAGAAUGUCCUCAGCAUAUCCACAGCUGGUAAGAAUAGAUACCUAUUGCAUUUCAAUUCACAUCACUCGUUGGUUCAAUGGACCGCCGGUAUCCGUCUCUGUAUGUUUGAGCAUGCGUCAUUACAAGAAGCCUACACAGGUGCGCUCAUUGCUGGUAAGGGUAAAUUAUUAAACAACAUCAGACCCAUCAUGGAGCGCUCAAGGAUCCAAACUGCAGACUGGGCCCGAGUGAGAUUUGGCGCUGGAACGCCUUGGAGACGAUGUUGGUGCGUAAUUACUCCACCCGAUGAAAAGGAAGUCCAGCGAUUACAAAAGCAAUCGCAAAAGAAGAGGUCGGCAUAUGAUCGCUCCCGACCCCCUAUAUUGAAAGGCGACAUCAAAUUUUAUGAUUCCAAGAGGACGAAAAAAGUUCGACCAAUCGCUACGAUUAACGAUGCAUAUUCUGCGUUUGCCAUAUAUCCUCAAUCCAAACCACUCAUAGAUGCUUCCACUUUAGUCAAGGUUGAAGGAUCUAUUACGAUUCACUCAAACCCCCCUUUGACAUCUGAAGGAUUCGUAUUCGUCAUGCCCGAGGUACAUCCGGCUGUAAGUGGCUUUGAAAUGAUGCUCCGCUGGCUUUUUCCGGUCUACGAUACGUUUGGUCUGUAUGGACGUCCUGGUCGUUUGAUUGCAGAGACAAAUGACACCAGAAGUUUGAUGUUUGCAAUGCCAGAACACCGAAGAUAUGGAUAUUUAGAAACCCUCGAUGUUUCAAGUCUAAUAUCGGAGCAAGGUAGCGCUAACUGGCUAGAAUCUGAAUGGAGAGGAAGAAUGAAAGAUUUGACAGCGAAGCGAAUGGUGACUCUCAGAAACAACAGCCAAAGAAAUAGCCAGUACGGCAGUAGAAGAAGUCGCAAUAGUGUAGGAAAUCCUCGGACUCGCCUUCAGUUUGACGAUGCAGCAUCGGUUAGAUCAUCACCAUCGAUACAGUUUGGUGCCCGUCCGGCGGGAGAUGUUGGCUAUAGCGGUCUCCCUAGAACUGAUUCGGCACCUGUUGCAUUUCAACAGCCAAAGACCUCAGGAGCGCCUCAUCAAAGGUCAAUAUCUGAAUCUCAACCACCCAGCCGUGAUCAGAAUCAAAAUCCUUCUGUCUUUGAUGGAGCUUUUGAACCUGCUCCUAUCCCACUGCACACUGGCUCAGAUUUGAAAUACGCACAAGAUGCUACACCUUCCCCCGACCGCCUCAGUUCAGAAGAUGAGCAGGCAGCCAGUGCAACUCCAGUUCGCGAACUACGAGAAUUGCAAACGGUUACGGUUCCAGAACCUGUAGCUGCACCCCCAGCUUUCAAACACGCGCCGGGCGCUCAACCCCCCAGCAAACCCCUGCAAUCAACAGAUCUUCGAAAAGCGAAUAAUCGCAUGUCUACCGCAACAUUAUCUCAGUUAACUGGUGCUGCCGGUGCUGCAGCCACUUACCAAAGUCAAGACCGACGAGGAUUGAAUGCUCAAACGCAUGAUAGAAUAGAGGAGGAUGAAGAUCAAGGUAGAGGGGUACUGUCAGACGUCACCAGAUAUCACCAUAUGCCUGCUAACCAUGACAUCAUUAAUGAAGGCAUCGUAGCAACCUACGAACCUCGUAACGAACAAGAGUCCACUCUUCCCUCGAACCGCGAUCAAAUCCCGUAUCAAAACCAACACUAUCAAUCUAAUAAUACAAAUUUUAAUUCAAGAUCACAACCGAAUCUCUCAAACGAUAUGCUCCCACCAAAGAACCCCUCUAGCCAAUCAUCUCGUCUACAGACCAGCCAAAGCAUCUCAAGAAAGCCUCCUCCUACACAAGAAGAGAACCAAUCAAGCCCUAAUUCGUCGCAUCCACCUUCUAGCUCUGGGAGCUUGACUCAACAUAUUCUCGAUUCAGGUGCUUUCGACUUGAUAUUGCCUAAAGCAGACGACUUUAAGCUCCCCCAGAUGAAUAGACACAAUAGUGAUUUAAGUAGUGCAUAUGACGACGCUGCAUCAACUGGUACCCCAGAUUAUGCCAGUACCAAAAAGUCUGUGCGAUCUGUACGCACGCAAGAGUCUGUCGAAAAGCCUCGAGCAGGGAAGAAGAAGAUCAUCGGCAAUAUCGAAGUUGGGCAGCCGCUUUAUGGUGACGAAAACACAUUGUCAAAAGGAGUUGAUAUUGAUUUUGGUCCUACCUUUGAUCUCAAUCGAGCACCCGGUCAAGACUCUCCAAGCCCUCCUCCUAAACAGAAUAAUUUUAAUCACUCAAGUCCUGAAAAGCGUCCAAGUCAUGAAAGAUCUCCUAGCGGCAAUGCACUAGCUUGGCAACCUGGAAUGAGUGCAACCGCUGCUAAUAAUACCUUUGGCCACAAACAAGGUUUGACGGCGGAAGAGUAUGUUCAGCAGCGUUCCAUGGUUGCUGCUGCCACACCGCAAUAUAUCCACCAACGUCAGCCUUCAGGCAACAUUCUACGUGCAACUUCUCCUACACCUGCACGCGCCACGCCUUCCCCUACACCUGGACGAUAUACCCCUUCCCCUACGCCAGGUCAAACUUCUAAGCGUUCCAGUGCACUGAUAGGUCAACAUUCACGCCAUAGCUCAGCAGAUUUAUUAAAUUUUAAUGAAGGACAUGGUCAAAAUCGUCACUCACGCCAUAGCUCAGCAGACUUGUUAAAUUUCAAUGAAGGACUUGGUCAAAACCGUAACUCACGUCGUAACUCAACAGAUCUAUUAAAUUCUGCUGAAGUGUAUGGUCAACAGCAACACGCACGUCACAGUUCAGCUGAUCUUUUACGUCCAAGCUCCAGAGGUGCAAACAGAGUUUUAGGGCCCUCUGGAAAUGGCACCCUUACAACAAGUCUCUCUGCUCGAGAGCAAGCUUUUGUUGCUAAAAUGACUGGUGGACCCCUCAUUGCCAUGGCUAAGAAUACUAAUAAAGAUAACGUUGUUUCUGCUGGUCUCGUUGGAGCUAUUGGUUCGCGUGAGAAGGAAAAGCAACAUGUCAAGCAAGGACUCAAAUCGCAGUCGGUACAGCAUGCAAUUGCACUUCGUCAACAGCAAUUGGCUCAGCAACAACAACAGCAGCAGCAGCAGCAAGCUGAACAACGUCGCCUUGAUCAACAAUUAGCUGAACAAACUCGUCUUUUGCAACAAACUGAGCAGAACCGUCGCCAGUCCCAAUAUGCUAAUACCAACUAUUCACCAUCACAGUUUGCAGUACCUAGUAAGAGAGGUUCAUGGAUGGGGCUAAACUUCCCUCAGGCAGCAGCAUGGACAACACCAGCGCAAUUACCAGGACAAUAUCAAACAACUUUGGCACACUCACCUGGACAAUAUCAAACAACCAUGGCUCACUCGCCUGGACAAUAUCAAACAACCAUGGCUCACUCGCCUGGACAAUAUCAAACAACCAUGGCUCACUCACCUGGACAAUACCAACCAACCUUAGCACACUCUCCUGGGCAUCAAGCUUCCCCUCAUCAAUAUUCUCAACAACAGCAAUAUUUCCCUCAAUAUCCACCAACGCAAGGAGGACAGAGGAACUCUGGAUACUAUGGAUAG